AUGGCGACUGUAAGACGUCUGCAACAAACACUCUCGCACCUUGAGCCUCCCAAGGCCCCGCGACAACUGUUAUCGAUCGUCCAGGGUGAAACGCCGGGACUGUUAGACCUAACCCUCGGCGAACUUCUUACCCUGCAGAGCUUGCGAUACGGCGACCACGAAUGUCUGGUCUUUCCCUGGACAGGUGCACGCUGGACGUAUGCCGCUCUCAAGGAUGAAGCAGACCGAGUGGCCCGCGGGCUGCUGGCGAUGGGCAUCAAGAAAGGGGACCGAGUGGGAAUUAUGGCAGGCAACUGCGAGCAGUAUAUCUCGGUAUUCUUUGCCGCAGCACGAGUUGGUGCAAUUCUGGUCGUUCUCAACAAUACUUACACCCCAUCUGAGCUGUCCUAUGCUCUGGGGCAUACAGAUUGUCGAUUGCUCUUCAUGACUCCACGCAUCGGCCGCCAUUCCCUCGAGCAGGUCCUUACACAUAUGGGACCGCGCCCGAUACAGCAGGGGACGUCGUCGGCCUUGGAGAAGAUAAUCAUUCUCCGGGGGGAAUACCAGGGCUUUAACACAUACAAUCACGUCAUUCAACGAGGAGAACCGCUACCCAGCCAUGCACUGCUGGACCGUGAGGCUGAGUUGCGGCCUGGGGAUGUCUGCAACCUGCAGUUCACAAGUGGUUCGACAGGAAACCCCAAGGCAGCCAUGUUGACGCACCACAAUCUCGUGAACAACUCCCGCUUUAUCGGUGACCGCAUGAAGCUUACCUCGUUCGACAUCUUGUGCUGCCCUCCUCCGCUCUUCCACUGCUUUGGCCUCGUUCUCGGCAUGCUUGCUGUAGUCACGCAUGGCUCGAAGAUCAUUUUUCCCAGUGAGACAUUCGACCCCGCCGCCGUGCUCCACGCCAUCUCGGAUGAGAAAUGCACUGCCCUGCAUGGUGUGCCGACCAUGUUCGAGGCGAUCCUCAGCCUUCCCAAACCACCAAAUUUUGAUACCUCAAAUCUCCGCACGGGCAUUAUUGCUGGUGCACCGGUUCCCAGACCACUGAUGAAGCGCUUACUAGGCGAGUUGAAUAUGAUGGAAUAUACCAGUAGCUACGGUCUCACCGAAGCAUCGCCAACGUGCUUCAACGCCCUGACAACUGACACUAUCGAACGCCGCCUCACCACCGUCGGCAAGGUCAUGCCCCACGCCAGAGCCAAGAUCAUCGAUGCAAAGGGCAACAUCGUCCCCGUUGGCAAACGUGGCGAGCUCUGCAUUGCUGGAUAUCAAUUGACAAAGGGAUACUGGAACAACCCAACAAAGACGGCGGAGGUGCUCAUCACAGACGCAGACGGAACGACGUGGCUAAAGACUGGCGACGAGGCUCUUUUUGACGAGCAGGGGUACUGCACCAUCACGGGUCGGUUCAAGGAUAUCAUUAUCCGGGGUGGCGAAAACAUCUACCCUCUUGAGAUCGAGGAGCGGCUGGCCGCACACCCCGCUAUCGAGGUAGCCUCCGUCAUCGGAAUCCCAGAUUACAAGUACGGCGAAGUCGUAGGAGCUUUCCUCGCGUUGGCUGCUGGGUAUGAAGGCAAGCGGCCGUCCGAAGACGAACUACGCGCUUGGACGCGGGAAACACUGGGCCGGCACAAGGCCCCGCAGCAUUUCUUCGUGUUUGGCGAAGAGGGAGUCGACCGGACCAUUCCGGUGACGGGAAGCGGGAAGGUUCGGAAGGUGGAUUUACGAAAUAUUGCCGCGGGGGUUUUGGAGAAACGGCAGGCAAAAUAG